CCUUACAUUCAGUGCCCGCGGUGCACGGAAGCAGGACCGGUGCACGGUGUAGUCCCGCGUGGCAUAACAUACAAACUUCGUCAGUACAGGAGGACGACCCAGUCGGCCACACACCAUAGCGAAGUGCGACCGCUCUAUACACAGUGUGCAGUGACCGGUAGUUACUACGGAAGGCAUCCAAGUACUGGAGGCAACACGCUACACUCAAGUCAUGAUGAAUAUGGAGCAAACAUUUGGGGAGGUGAACCAGCUCGGCGGAGUGUUUGUGAACGGCAGACCGCUACCCAACGCCAUCCGCCUGCGGAUCGUGGAGCUGGCUCAGCUCGGCAUCAGGCCGUGCGACAUCAGCCGCCAGCUCAGGGUGUCCCACGGCUGCGUCUCCAAGAUCUUGGCCCGCUACAACGAGACGGGGUCCAUCCUGCCUGGCGCCAUCGGCGGCAGCAAACCUCGCGUCACCACACCUGAAGUGGUGAAGGCCAUCAAGAAGUACAAAACCUUGGACCCAGGCAUCUUCGCUUGGGAGAUCCGGGACAGGUUACUGGCCGAGGGCGUGUGUGACAAGUACAACGUGCCCUCGGUCUCGUCCAUCUCGCGGAUCCUGCGCAACAAGAUCGGCAACACGACGCAGCUCCCCGACUCGCCCUACGGUCAUCCCGUCAAACCUGAGCAACACAGGCCACUCUACAACCCCAUCUACACCUACCCGGUGGGUCCUCCCGCGCCGGCUCCCGGGGCCCCCGGGGUGCCCAACCAGAGCCAGAUCCCCAUGCACAUGCGGCACUGGCCGUCCCCACACACUGUCAGUGACAUUCUGGGCUUCCCACGACCAGGCGUGCCCAUCAACGCUAANGAACAAACAGGUCCAGUUUCAGGUGCAAUCUCCAAUGAAAGUGCAAGGUAUCAGACGCAGAUGGGGGAGGGCUACGGCCUGAAUCACAUGAACCAAAUGCAGGGACAGACAGAGAAAGUCAAGUACCCAGAUGUGUCUCAGAGCUCACUACCAGCAGUCAGUAGUUUCGUCUCUGCACCCUACCCGGGCCCCCCUCCCCCUCAAACGAUGGCGUAUAUGCCGUACCAUCAAUCCCCUACUACCGUGGGACCCACUACCGGGUGGCAACAACCGAGGUUCCCGUCCGCUGGGGCUCCAGUCACCACUUCGGAGGGGGGCAUCAGCAUCCCUGCACCGCUACCCUUCAAACCCGUCACCGCCGCACAAACUGGUUUAGAAGACACCAAGCCACACAACUCCACGUCUAAAGUCGGGCCUCCGACGUCCGAUAUUCCAUCCGCUUCCUCCUCAUAAGUACAAAACAAGCAGCCGUAACGUCCCCAGGACUCGGGUGGCACCCGUCAGGUCCUAACGUCACAAUGCAAUUGCUGCGCGGUUGCUGGUAUAACAAGUCUUCCUCAACACCCGUCCAACAUGCAGUACCAUUCAUUACAUUUCAAAAGUCUAAUGCAAAGUGCUCAAGAAAGAUAGAUAGACCAUGUUGUAGAGAUUCCUUAUAUUGUAAUCAAGUUGAAAUCAUGUAUUUUAUUCACCAAGGAUGAUUUAGUUUUAAGUUUCAUACUUUUUUGUUUUAGUUCGGAUUGUGCAAGCAAACCUUCGUAUACUAUGUGUGUGUGUAUUCAAAGAAGUACUUUAGGUUCUUUCCUCUACUACCUCAGGGUCGCACGUAGUUGAGUGUGAAUGGCCAGGCAUUGUACAGAUUAUAGAAGCCUCGCUGCCCACACAACUCCAUAGAUUAUACUUUCACGCGUUGUAUUUUAGAGAGAGCUUAUCUAAGCAGUGCUCAGAGCCACGCUUUCAUGCUCUCGUGUGGCAGAAAAGCACGUGCUAGCACCAUCUAGGUGCUAUCCAGUGUCCAUUCCGGAUUAAGAAAAUAAAUGUUUGUAUGUCCAAAUCCGGCUAAAGCCGCAUACCUGAACAUCCUUUGCCCAAAUCCUCUCUCUGGUAGCUGACAAUCUGCGUCCAAGUGGCCUUUACUGUUCGCAGCACUUGUCUUCCCUAACAGAACAGGAUCUGUGUAUCGUCAAAAAUGUGUAGGAUCUCGGACCACUGUAUCACUCCCGUCAACUAUCUUAUUAACAUUAUUCUCCCACUUUCUUCAGCAUAGAAUUAAACAAUGCUGCUCUAGAUCUUACACGUAGUAAUAGAAGAACCCAUUGUGGAUAAGGUACAUAGCGGGAAGGUAUGGUCCUGGGUCGUAAGAAGUUCAUUGUAUUAUUGUCCGCUCUAGUGCAGUUCUUUGUCACCUACAUGUACUGUACGAUUAUGUCCAGGUCUUCCUCUAUGUGAUGCAAUAUAAUAUUAUGGGGUGUACAUAAUUGAAUUAUGUAGAUGUUAUUCUUCUAAGGUUCGUAGGAAAAAAGGAAUGACAAGUCACAGAAUUGUGAAAUGAGAUUUUUUUUCUUUGUUAAUAUCAAUGCAUUUGUUUUGUUUUUGUUUAAUCACAAGCAGGAGUUAGCUUUUGUAAGUUGUUACAUACUUAUUUAAAGUCAGAAUAAAAGGUAAUAUUUUGACAUACCGAA